AUGUCCACACAAACGCUUCAGGCUACAUCAUCCCGAGUCUCCGUACUGGUCCUCUUGACAGUGACUGCUCUGGUGUUUGUGUUUCUGGCAUACAAUGAUACAGCCGUACUUGAUGCUCAACCAAAUGAUCUACAAGAAAAGGCAGAAAAAAAGGUUGAAGAAAGUGAACCAAACAAAGUGCAAGAACCAGUGGCCAGCUGUGUGUGGGACCCCAAGAGCCAAGACAGCUGCACCGAUGCCUUUUCCAAACAUCUCCACCACAAGGGAAGCUCAAUAGAUGGAUCUGCAGCUGUCCCUCGUAGGUGGCUUUUCUUUGGAGAUUCCACCGUUGCGAGACUCUUCACAAAGUCAAAAGUAUUGGUUGACCACUUUGUAGAUGAACCUGCCAGAGACAAUUCCAACGCUUGCCAGGCACAGUUUCAAUGCAAGAGACAUGAACACGGGAGAUGCAAAUUGGCAGAGUUCUUUCAACAACAGCCAGCAACCCACUGGAUUCCUCCCAAUACAACUUUGGGAGAGGGCCCUAAGGCAUUUGGAGCCAAGAAUCCAUUCUGCUCAGACUGCUCCGGUUGCAGCUCUGUCUAUACCAUCUGCAAGCCAAAGAGUGCCAAGAUCACAAACUGUGACACCUCCAAGCUGAUCUAUGGUGGUUUCUUUUCAGUAGAGUUUGCCAGAGAUGUUGUACUUCAAACCACCCAAUUCCAAACAACCCAAGAAAACGUUGCUCAGUUUGUGCACGAUCAUUUUAAUGAACCAGCAUCUCUCCAAACAGACUUUGGUGGCAAACCCAUCUGUGUGGCGUCAGCAGGGCUUCAUGACAUGGGCAUCAAAAAAAUCACGGCAUCCAAGUUUGUUGGCAUUGUUCAUUGGUACCUUGAGUUGUUGCAACAGCAAUGCGAUAGCAUUGUGUGGCUCCAAAAUACUGCCCCCCAACGCCAGAAUAGUACAGAUCCAUUUACCUCAUUUCCACAGCACUGGGUCAGUGUUGAGGCAUGGAACAGGGCAGUGCAUCAACAUCUCAAUGAAACUGUGGAGCUGGAUACCAGCAGGAUUCUUGUCAUGGAUGUCUUUGAAUCUUCCAAAGCAUGGCCAUUUGCUAAGCCCGACGACAACAUCCACAAAUCAAAUGACUGGUAUGAAAUGCUGGCAUCUUUCUUCAAAGAUAUGGCUCAAGAGGCAGCAGCGCAAGGCAGCAAUACUCUGCAAGCCACUCAGACAGCGACAUGA